AUGGGUGAUGGUGGUGGCGGUGGGGUGCCCGCACGGCCAAAGAAGCGCCCGCCCGGGGCCAGCCGUGUCCCCCCACCCCACCCCGCCGCCCCCGCGCCCCCGCGCCCAUGGCAGCCGGAAGAACCCCGAGAGGAGGCAGUCCGGCACGGGGGCGAGAGUCCGGGGGAGGGGGCGAGGCGCGGCGCCGGGCCCGGGGGCGGUGGGAGGGAGGGGGGAAGGGAGGGCUCCGGGGUGACUUACGGAGGCGGCGGCGGCGAACGCGGCGGCGGCGGCCCUAGCGCGGUGCCCGGGAGGCGCGGCCGGACUGCAGAGGCGCCGGGGCUGCGGCGGGCGGGACUGCGGUGGGCGCCAUCUUGGAGCGCUCCGCGCGCCCGCCCCCCGCGCCGCGCCGCGCGAGCCCUCGCCUCACGGACGAGCCGCGCCGGCGCCGCGCGCGCGCCCCCCUCGCGCCCCCCUCGCCCGACCCCUCGGCGCGUCCCCACCGCCGCUGCCGCCGCCCCGCCGCCCCGCUCCCGAGCUCCGCGGCCCACCUACCCUGCAGGGCGCGCCCGCUCGCACGCCCGUCCGCCUGCUCGCUCGCUCGCUCUCUCGCUCGCCGGCCCGGCGUCCCCGCGCGCCCGCCGCCCGCCCGCCCGCCCGGACCCGAUCGGCGCGGCGAGCCGGAGCCGCCAGGGGGCGCCGUGCAGGAGCGCCGGCGAGCGUCCCCGGGGCCCGCCUCCUCGACGCCCCCGCCAGCCGCGGGAGGGAUGCUCCGCGGCCCUGCUCAGGACGCUGCCCUUCCUCCUGGACGUGGCCGGUCAGCUGUUUGGACGAAGAUCCUCCCAUCUCUACCGCCCCAGAGAUCCUCCCGUCUCUACCCCCCCAGAGAUCUUCCGUCUCUACCCCCCCAGAGAUCCUCCCGUCUCUACCCCCCCAGAGGUCCUCCCGCCUCUACCGCCCCAGAGAUCCUCCCGUCUCUACCCCCCCAGAGAUCCUCCCGUCUCUACCCCCCCAGAGAUCCUCCCGUCUCUACCCCCCCAGAGGUCCUCCCGUCUCUACCUCCCCAGAGGUCCUCCCGCCUCUACCGCCCCAGAGAUCCUCCCGUCUCUACCCCCCCCCGAGAUCUUCCGCCUCUACCGCCCCAGAGAUCCUCCCGUCUCUACCCCCCCAGAGAUCCUCCCGUCUCUACCCCCCCCAGAGAUCCUCCCGUCUCUACCCCCCCCAGAGGUCCUCCCGUCUCUACCUCCCCAGAGGUCCUCCCGCCUCUACCGCCCCAGAGAUCCUCCCGUCUCUACCCCCCCCGAGAUCUUCCGCCUCUACCGCCCCAGAGAUCCUCCCGUCUCUACCCCCCCAGAGAUCCUCCCGUCUCUACCACCCCCAGAGAUCUCCUGUCUCUACUGCCCCAGAGAUCCUCCCGUCUCUACCUCCCCAGAGAUCCUCCCGUCUCUACCCCCCCAGAGGUCCUCCCGUCCCUACCCCCCCAGAGGUCCUCCUGUCUCUACCCCCCCAGAGAUCCUCCCGUCUCUACCCUCCCCAGAGGUCCUCCCGUCUCUACCGCCCCCAGAGAUCCUCCCGUCUCUACUGCCCCAGCACGUUUCUACCGACCAUGCAAGCUCUUCUCCUGUAGCAACCCCGGAAAAUGCCUUCUCGCCUGUCUUCUGCAUCCAGAGCCUGUGA